UGGUAUGUGGUCGGUAAUUCGAUAGACAAUUUUCAGGGUCCAAGUUGAAAACAAUUAUAGCAGUUAUUGUUAUGGCACAAUUUUUCAGCAAUGGAAAACUCGAAAAUGAGUUUUUAGACAGUGGCCAGAUAGGCAGUGAAUGUAUAGUUUCUAUCGAAGUGUUUCGAAGAGACGAGAUUCCGGGUGCGAGACGAUGCACUGAAUUCAAGAGACGUUCGGAGGAUUUUGGGACGGAGAAAUGAACUGUGCAUUCCUGUGACUUGGGUGGUUAGUGAUGCCAAUGUGGAGCUCCAGGCUGAGUGAUGUGAUCCGAUUUGGGUUUACUACAAAUUAUUCUGACAAUUUGCACAACUGCAAUAAUGGGAGGGCGUAUCUUUCCCUCCCUAUCUAAGUAAUUGCAUGUUGUUACGCGUCGUGAGCAUGGGUAUUGAAGAUAUUCCAAGCUCCGAGACUGAAUUGACUACUAUUUUUGAGGAAACCCUCGAAAUUAAACUUAAGGCUCCCUUCACCCCGACCAGACUGUAUCAUACAAAAGUUUUCCGCAGUUUUGUUCCGAAAUCUAGAUAUUCCAGUAUCAGCAGCUACAGUUUGGAAUUCAAACGAUCGAAAGUAUGAAUAGGAUACGGCUAAGCCUUUGGUCCGCAUUUUUCCAAGAGAUGCACAAAACUUUCCUGAGAAAGCUACAAAUCCUCUCAGAAAGUUGGAUGUCUGCCUACAGUGGUGAGGACUGAUAAAUCGGCAGGAUUUACGUUGUCACGUCGAAUUCUGCUUUCUGGUAAAUACUGUGCAAGUAUGUGCACAGAGUUACCCAGCGCAGGUGUAUUUCUGAAACAAGCUUGUGGUCUCCCGCAGAUGAGGGCUUCACGUGUGGGCCUCUUUGGUAUAAGAACUUCCCACGCCGACGUGGUACAUUGUUACGACGCCAAUCUCUGCUGCUAAUUGCUUUGGCCUCGUUUUCUUUGUAGUAGUGUUUCAGAAGGCAAUUGGGAUGGUUCCUCAGAGUAAGUGGGCACACAUUGUAGGCCAGGGCGAGGUCUCUUCUAGCCUGAUUUAGAUACCUGUGGGUAUUGAUGGCAAAAUGACAGAUCUGGUAUGGGCUAAUCGAGAUGCAACUCACGCCACCACAAUCUCUUUUGUGUCAGCAGCAACCUUAUGAAUCCUCGCAACUUGGUAGAGGUUCAAAUCGUCUUCCGGAACCAGCCUUCGAAUUGCGAUACAAGUUCUUAGCCAACAUAGUGUGGUGUGUAAGCCAAAACACUGUGCAGAGGAAGUCACAUUGGUCUGCCGGUGGUUAGACCAGAGUUUGUAGAUACCCGUCUCACGACUACACUAGAAUCCGCGUCAACUUUGCCUAGGGAGUGGAAUCAUUGUAGGAGGCAGUGUAGCUAAAUCGUCAGUUGUAUCUCUGAAGAAUUCUUGUGUGCAUUCCAGUUUUGCGAUCAUUGGCAUAGUUCUGCAUGUCAUUAAUGAAUGUAGCUGAAGAAACUCCGCAUUUAGUUCUGGAAUCGUUUGUAACACUGCGAGUUGAAUGCUCUUGUUGCUUCAAAAUGAUGGCUACGAAGGUGAUGUUCACAUGAGCGAUUCUAAAUAGAACCCAAGGUUGGAUUUCCGGAUUGAAAGUGGCAACUCGUAAGCUUCGAAUCCUACCAACCCUGAUCAGCUGAACCACUCGUCGUCAUGGCGAUGCCGCAUCGUAUGAUUGCUGAAUCUACGUCUUACGUCCCCUCCGCGUACCAGAACACAGGAGGCGUAUUGCCUGACUGGCUCAACAAGGGCGACAACGCAUGGCUAUUGACAGCGUCUACACUCGUCGGGCUACAAUCCAUGCCCGGCUUGGUCAUCCUCUACGGCAGCAUUGUGAAGAAGAAAUGGGCGGUGAACUCUGCGUUCAUGGCUCUCUACGCGUUCGCCGCGACGUUGCUGUGCUGGGUGGGAUGGGCGUACAAGAUGUCCUUCGGAGACCAGCUGCUGCCUCUGUGGGGAAAAGCUGGCACCACUCUCCGUUACACAUACUUGCUGUCGCAGGCUGGGAUGCCGUCCACAAUACAUUUGUUUAAAAACGGGACACAGGAGGCAUCGGCUCUGACAUUAAAUUAUGGCAUGGCGAACAUGGUUCUGUUCCAAUUCUUCUUCGCCGCUAUCACGAUCAUCUUGCUUGCAGGGUCAGUGCUUGGGAGGAUGAGCUUCCGCGCGUGGAUGCUGUUUGUGCCUUUGUGGCUCACAUUCUCCUACACUGUGGGUGCAUUCAGCGUGUGGGGUGGGGGUUUCUUGUGGCAAUGGGGAGUGAUUGACUACGCCGGGGGGUAUGUUAUCCAUGUUUCCUCGGGUGUCGCUGGCUUCGUCGCAGCGUACUGGGUAGGACCGCGGCUGCCUAAAGAUCGAGAAAGGUUCCCACCGAACAACAUGCUGCUCAUGCUCACGGGAGCGGGGCUACUCUGGAUGGGAUGGUCAGGCUUCAAUGGUGGCGCGCCUUUCAGCGCCAAUAUAGUAUCCGGGCUGGCCGUGCUCAACACCCAUGUCUGCGCUGCAACCAGCCUCUUGACUUGGACAACCUUAGAUGUUAUCAUCUUUGGGAAGCCAUCGGUCAUCGGAGCAGUGCAGGGCAUGAUGACAGGGCUUGUGACAAUAACACCUGCCGCUGGCUUUGUGCCAGGGUGGGCUGCUCUGAUUAUGGGAGUCCUGGCCGGAAGUAUUCCGUGGUGGACCAUGAUGUGGCUGCACAAGCGCUGGUCGCUGCUGCAGAACGUGGACGACACGCUAGGUGUGUUCCACACGCACGCCGUAGCAGGAUGCUUGGGUGGCCUUUGUGUGGGGCUGUUCGCGGAGCCGGAGCUUUGCACGUACAUGAAUUUGCCCGUGACGAACUCCAAUGGGCUCUUCUACGGCGGGAACGGCGGAGUGCAAGUGCUGAAGCAGAUUGUGGGAGCGCUCUUCAUCAUUGGCUGGAAUAUUGUGGUGACCACUUUGAUCAUUUUUGCCGUCGGAAUGCUCAUGCCCCUACGUAUGUCGGAGGAGCACUUGCUAGUCGGCGACGAUGCCGAGCACGGCGAGGAAGCCUACGCGCUGUGGGGCGACGGCGAGAAAUUCGAUGUCAGCAGACACGCUCGCUCGGCAGACAGCUAUGAGAUGGAGCAGAGCCAUCAUGGCCCACGUCCGGACCGCAACGCCAUUUUGCACAUCUGAUGAUCAGCGCAUUGCACGUUCAUCAUUGGUGCUGGGGUUGCAUCAACCGACUCUCUGCCAUGGCUCUUCACACAAAGCAAUAUUUCAUUGGUGGAGGUUGAAUUUAUAAUGUCACUAAAUUAUCUGACAUAGCUUCGAGACUCAGCAUUGUGCUAUCAUCAAGCUGCAAUCGGCAAACUUUGCGAUAUGCACUGGACUCCUUGACGCAAUGGACCAUCAACAGUAUUUCCCCGAGGGCAAAUGCAACUUAGUCGACGUCGAAGCUGGAUUGCAUCCCUCCAAGUUAGUUUCAAUUUCUUCAUGGAAAAAGAAAUCGCAAACCAAACGACCUUGAUUGCGCAUGCCUGUGGGCACCUUGUAAUCCUAAAUUGUAUCAGUUGUUUCAUUAUCCCAGAAUUUAGCAAGAGUAGCAUGCCAGCUGGAAUAAGACAUGUUCAGUUUCAGCCGCAGAAAACAAAUUACUUCACAAUCGACGAAUCGCCGCUGAGAAGUGGGCAGAGCACUGAUCAUUUUAGUGCAGCAGAAUCAUAGGAUAUAGUAUGCUAGACUUAGACAAAUGAUUCAAUUGCAAUCCAUUUCACUCAGGAUUAGCACAGUACUUUGUAAGUGGGUGGUAUGAUUAGUAAUGCAACCACUCAACUUGAAUAGAGUGCUCCUCAUUCAAGAGAGAUUUCGGAGCA